GUUCCAACUAGUUUAAUGGUUGAUGUGUUAAUCCGUCCACAGUAUGAAUUCUUUUUAAACAGACGUUUGUGAUUAGUUUUGGUUCAUCAUGGCAGCCUGUAGCCCUUUCAGACUCGCACUGAGACACAGACGGAAAAUCUCCUCAGUUCAGGAGCUUUUAGUGCGGAAUGUAAAGUCACACACAGGAGACCUGACUCGUCAAACAGUUUUACCGGAGAACCUGAAGAACAUGGAUGAGUUACCUGGUCCCAGUCUCUCCUCUACUGUGUACUGGCUGUUUGUGAAAGGAUAUGCAGAUAAAAGCCACGCAUUACAGUGAGUCUGUAUAUCAGCAUCGGUGCUGUUAAUGAAGUGGAACACACCAAAGGUGGAGCACAAACGUCUGUACGGUCCGAUCUGGCGCUCACGGUUCGGGCCGUUUGACAUUGUGAAUGUGGCGACGGCAGAGCUCAUCUCCCAGGUGAUCCGUCAGGAAGGACGCUACCCAGUGCGCACUGCGCUUCCACACUGGAAAGAGUACCGAGAUAUGAGGGGUCAGGCGUACGGGCUCCACGUUGAGAAAGGGAUGGAGUGGUACCGUAUGCGUAGUGUUCUGAAUCCAAAAAUGCUGAAGUUGCAAGAAGCAUUCGCGUAUGCACCGGUCAUUCAUGACGUGGUGUCGGAUCUGCUGCAGAGAGUUGAGCGACUGCGCUCACGCAGCCCGGACAAGAGCACUGUGUGCGACCUCGCCUCCGAGCUCUACAAAUUCGGCUUCGAAGGCAUUUCCGCCAUCCUGUUUGAAACACGCUUGGGCUGUCUUGAGGAAGAAAUUCCAACAGAAACACUCCGCUUCAUCACAGCAGCUAAUAACAUGCUAACUCUGUCUGAGACUGUGCUGUUUUUCCCUCGCUGGACACGGAAUAUAUUCCCUUUCUGGAAGCAGUUUAUCCAGGCCUGGGACGACCUCUACAAUGUCGCGCGGAAUUUAAUCGACAGAAAGGUGAAGCAGAUGGAGGAACAGGUCCAGCGUGGGGAACAACUGGAAGGGAUGUACCUUACUUACCUGUUAUCAAGCAACAACCUCACACUGGCAGAGGUUUAUAUCACUGUCACUGAGCUGUUGCUGGGAGGAGUUGAUACGACAUCUAAUACCAUGUCCUGGACUUUGUAUCACCUCGCUCGUGAUCUGGAGGUGCAGAACCGUCUCUAUCAGGAGGUGGUGUCUGUGUGUCCGGACAGACGGCUGCCUACCACAGAGGACCUGAGCAGAAUGCCAUACCUUAAAGCUGUUAUCAAGGAGACACUCAGAUUGUAUCCUGUCGUGUCCGGUAACGGACGCCUCACUGUGGAAAACGAGGUCAUUGUAGGCGGUUUCUGGUUCCCAAAACAGACACAGUUCCAUCUGUGUCACUAUGCCGCAAGUCACGAUGAGAAUGAGUUUCCUGAAGCCGGAGCUUUCUUUCCGGAGCGCUGGUUGAGGGGAACAUCGUCACAUUCCCAACACCACCCCUACAGCUCCAUCCCGUUUGGAGUCGGGGUCCGGGCUUGUGUGGGGAGACGCGUGGCAGAGCUGGAGAUGUACUUUGCCCUGUCUCGACUGUUGCAGCACUAUGAGGUGUGUCCCGUUGAUGGAUCCCCUGCCAUCCACCCCAAAACACGGACUCUCCUCAUUCCUGCCAAACCUAUUAACCUGCGCUUUGUCCCCCGGACCUGAAGGCGGCGUUGCUUCCUUGAGCUGUAAGUCUUACAGGGAUUAAGUGUAAAAAAAAAAAAAAAUUAAUUAAAUAAAAGUAAAUAAAUUAAAAUCUCUGCGAAAAUGGAGUGAUUAUAAUACGGAAUAUUUCAAGUUAAAAGCUUCUUUUACAUGAUUUUGUAUUCUUAUCGGAUUUUAUGGCCACAUUAGAUAUUUAUUCUCUCAGAGAUUAUUUUUUAUUUUUAAAUUCUCGCACCUUUUCUUGCUUGCAGCACUUUAAUAGUUUAAAAAUAAUAAUUUAAUAUUAGCUAUUGCAUAAAGCCCACUACUCAUUAUCCUUAUCUUCAUCUUGUAAAGGUCACACUUUAUGGACUUUAACCCUGAGACGUAAACGCCUUUUGUAAUAUCGGAUUGUUUCUAUAGUAACAACGUGUAUGGCGGAUGCCACAUUUAAUACUGAUAGUAAACAUUUUACAGAACUAGAAAAAACUUCAGAAAAUUCUAAUUGUUUAGAGGUCGAAGGUUUCUUUAAUGAGAAAUUUCUUUAACGUUUAUAGAACAGCACUGACGCCGGAGACUCCUCCUCCAAACGUUGGAUAAUUGUCCUCUAGACACUCUGUAUAAUGUGAUGAAAUUUUUAUUAUUUUUUUUUCCUUCAAGGGAGAACAUAAAGUGAGGCUGGUGAGGGAACGACUUUUAGAGUCGCGAUAUCGUACGUGAGCAAACAUGAGCUGACGUGGAAUAAUGUAAAGAAGAUAUUUUAGGACCGGUUGCUGUGAUGUAUGUUUGUUAUGGGACAAUAAUCAUGUAUUACACUGUAGUAAUAUUAACCUGUAUCCAGUUAUAAAGUGCAAUAACAAUAAAAUGUAAGAACUCAAAUAAAAAUACAUGGACGGUG